CAGGAGGCGGGCGAGAUCAGAAGUUUGCGAAACGAGAACUCGGAAGUCGUUUGCUAGGCCUGUGAACAUGUCGACCGUCGCCACUCGCAACAGCAGCUUGCAGAGCAGGGCCGGCGGGGUCCCCAGCAGCCAGAGGAAGCCCUACAAGUGCUCCAAAUGCGAGCGUGCCUUCAAUACCCCGGCCAAGCUGGAGCGGCACGGCCGGAGGGCCCACGCAGGGGAGCGCAGGCACAGCUGCUCGGGCUGCCAGCAGAGCUUCGCGGACCCGGCCGAGCUCUCCACACACCAGCGACACGCCCACGGGAUCCACAGACCACACAAGUGCCCGCUGUGCGCCAAGACCUUCGCCCUGCUCUCCAGCCUGCGGGUGCACAAGAGGACCCACGUGGGCGGGCAGAGCUUCCUCCCUGGCUCCAGCCUCCAGCCGCAACAGAGUAAGAUCCCCAGAGGCAGGGAUUACAAGUGCCUCACCUGCGGCAAGGACUUCUCCAAGCCCUACCAUCUCCGGAGGCACCAGGAGGUGCACCUGACCGCCUUGACCCACAAGUGCCCGGACUGCGGGAAGUGUUUCAGGGCCAAGACUCACCUGUACCUCCACCGGCUCGUGCACGGCACAAAGCACAAGUGUGACCGGUGCAACAAGGUCUUCGUCCACAAGGCGGGGCUUCAGGGUCACCUGCAGAGGUUCCACAGCCGCCCAGGGGGUGAGGAGGAGGUAGGAGGAGGAGGAGGAGAACAAGCACAACCACUUCCACCAGAGCCCCUUAACCGGUGCAGCCAGUGCCCGAAGCGCUUCCGAUCGGCCGCCCGGCUCGCGAUACACCGGCGCCGCUUCCACGCCCGCCAAGAGGAGAAGGAGGAGGAGGCGGCGACUCCAGAGAGCAAGGCGUUGGCCUGCACGCUCUGCGACAGGGUUUUCAGGCACUCCUCCACCCUCUCGCACCACAAGAGCAGGCACCUCCGUCAGGAGCUGCGGUGUAGCGUAUGCACCCACGACCUCGCCAACAGCGGCUCCCUGCAGCUCCGGGUCCGCCUGCACCACACCGGCGGGAAGAGGCCUUACCACUGCCUGGUCUGCAGCAGGACCUUCUGCGCCAUGCUGACCUUCCUGAGGCACUGCGAGAAGCACCAGCAGCAGGACAAGGAAGGGCAAGGAGCCAGGAGCGCCAUGUAGCUCGUCUCGCCUGCUGUGAGGGAAUGCUGCUGCAUCGCCUGGGAUUUUAUUUGAGCCAGUGUUAUCGUAUUGUAUAUUUGAACAGUGUGUAAGAAGAUAAACUUACAGGAAGCUCAAAAAAAAAAAAAAAGACGACUCCAGAUGCGCAGCAAUUUUUGAGCAACUUUUACUAAGAGUUUCAUUAACCAAAGUCUACCAACAAAAGCCAAGGAGUACAUUUUUUGUAAUACUUUUAACUACUGGUUUUAGACUCCUUUUUUGAAUACUGUAUGGACAAAUGGAAGAUUCUAUUUUGUUUAUUUGAUCGUAAAAAAAAAAAAACACUUUUGUUUGGGCAUAACUACUUAAACAACAUCACCUACCAAAGCAAACCAGAACACAAAUGCAUGUGGCAGAAAAAAAUAAAUAAAGCAGAUUUGUACAUCUGAAAAUAACCCCCUUAGUAUACAUUGAGGAAGGGUGAUGGCGUGCACGGCUAUGCGACCACAAAACUACACCUGCAGACGUUUAGCAGAGUCAUUACUGUGCCCUGUGUUGAUCAUGCUUUUCCACUGUUAACCCGCCUUCACUGCCUGUUUCUACACUGUAGAUUUAAUGUGUGUGCCCGUGUCUGUGUUCAGUGCUCUGAAAGGGGACCAGCCCCUGUGUUGAAGCAUUGCACCAGCAAUCACUGGGGUCUGUAUUAAAUCAAGUUAAUGGCGCUGCUAUACUUUAUAGUAGCUAUGGCACCGCCGUUAUUUUGAUUUAAUCCAGGCCCCAGUCUUAACUCAAAAGAAGCAGACAGCAAUAUAGACGUCAGGGACAGCUACUCACAAAGACACAUUGAGUUUCAUUGAGUUGUUUUAAUUGUGAUUUUUUAAUUCUGAGAAAGUUUACAAAAAACGGUACUUUAUUAUUUAUUUCUUAGCAGUACUUUAAAAACCACCCAAGACCUUGUAGAAUUACAAAAACACUUCCCCACUCUCAAGCCCCUGUGAAAGACGAUGGCAGAACAGUGUCUCCUGUGCAACAAAGCAGUUUUAGUAUUACUUCAUUUUAAACCCUAGGAUCCACAUUUCUGUUGUUAACUGUAGCAUGGCUAAAAAAAAACGACGGACUCAAAAUGUUUGUCUCGGAUCCGCAUGAUAUUGAUAUAUCAAAAGGGGCUGCGUAUCACUUUUGAAUCCCCUGAUCAAACACAUGUGCAUAAACAUAGUGACAUAAAAAAAAAAAAAAAACAUUUUAUUGUACCCCAACACACAAAAAAGAAUCUGUCAACUAGAGUUGUUGUUCUUUUUGGUUUGUACUGCAGUUUUCUGCUGCAGCCACACAUUAUGGACAUAGAAAAGUGUAAAGAAAUGUGCAUCAAAGACAUCACUCGCAGAGAGCCUGACCGGACAAGUGGAGGCACUUUAAACUGCAGCUGCAGCCAAAACCUUUAUAUAUAUAUAUAUAUGAGAACAUUAUUUAGAUGUUUUAUUUAACAUCAUGUAAUCAAAGACACUACACAUUAUAUCACAAAAGUCUACCGGAAGCCAUAACAGUUGUACAGCUUUUCAUGUUAGAUUUCAAAAUGUCACCUUUUUUUUGUCAGUUUUUCAGAAAACUACAAAGCGGCGUGUAAUUCAAUAUGUUAACGUAACAUUAUUCAGCAGGUUUCAUUCGACUUUAUGAAGCAAAAUGAAUGAAUUCUAUAGGGUGAUGCAAAACAUUUGGGCCAGAGCUGUAUGUUCAUCAGACCACAAGCUUGCAUGGUUAUAGACCAGCGGUAAAGUUGACUUUUUCCAGUACUGGCAACAUACCCUCGUAAUAACACAAAUAAAACCUUAGAAAUGAGUUUAACACCCACCUCGCACAUCAGGUUUGCACGCAUGGAGUGUCGCUACGUCUUGAGAGAACUAACCAAUGCUUCUGAUACAGUUCAGGUCUGUUUGAAGCAGCAGAAGUUUGUCUUUACACAGCUUGCAGUGCCUCGUUACAGAACUUGAUUACAGCGAGUAGCUUUGUGAGUCAGGAAGCAAACCUCCUUUUAAAAUACCAAUCCCAAUUAAUUCUACUUUUAAUUAAGAUGCAUACCAUUAUAUUAUAACUAAGGUAUGUUGUUAUAUGGUUAAAACCAUUAUUUAAACUUUCAAAGCAUACCAUACCAACAAGAAAAUAUUUUGUAGUUCCUAAUAAAUAAUAAUAAUAAUAACCCAUUUCUGUUCUAUUAGUGUAAAGAUUAGAAGUACAAACCUAGGACUGUGAGUGCAGCUGUGCAAAGUAUGCUGCUAUCAGGGAAACAACGUUUUAUUGCCUGAGAAAGGGGCAAUAGAACUGAGCUCACCUCGUCUGGUGCAAGCAGGACAUUUCUGACACACAGAGAUAAGCCAGCAAUUCGCUUUGCAUGCAAGGAUACUGUAUAAAGAGCAGGCAUUCGAGAAGUAAUGAAGAUCGUCCGUGAACACACACCAGCGCCGUGUCCUCUGCUUUCUUCCACAAGCUGGUAACGAAUUAUUGCUUCAUUUCUGUGAAUCACUAGUGACCUCAUUAUUGUGUAUAAUGAUCAUGAUAAAGCUGUAAAAAUGUGAUUGUUGAUUAUUGGAAUCAAUAAAGGAAACGUGUUGAAUUCUG